AUGGUAGUGAUCAAAUCAUCAAAGCAAGAUGGUGCUGUUGCUGACCAUACCAUCGAUUUCCACUGCCAUCUUAUCUCAUUCCAGUGUUCGCAUGACGUUCUCGCGGGUCACGGUUGCACAGAUAAAUCGUCGGAUAAAAAGAACCCGGCCGAUGCCAGCAACUUAAGCGAGAUAAUGCCACUAGUGAAGAAGACGACAACAUCAUCUACCAGCGGCACUCUUGACACCUACUAUCCAAACACAAAAACUGGCAACGGGAAAGAGAUCAAAGCUGCUAAGUACCUUGAACGCUCCGCUCUUUAUAAACGAGUAGCUUGCAAUGGUUCGACGGGCUUCAUCUCAGUGUCGCUAUCCCUUGGAGUGGAACUCGCAAAUGUCUUGCUGUUCAAGUUCGGCGAAGGUCUGGAUGAUGAACUUUAA